AUGAGCAGGAAGAGGAGAGAAGGAGGCGGCGGCAAGGGGUCGGGGGCCGGCGCCGUCACCGAUGCCGUGUCCAUGGACGGCGGCCUCCGCGAGGUGUCUGUCUCUGUCGUCUUCUCCGUUUGGUGCCUCCUCUUCCUCCUGCGAUCCCAGUUCCUCCACAGCCAGACCGACGACCCUUCAUCAGAGUUGUACGAGGACCACCACGGCAGGCGCGACAGCUACUGCAAGGUGAGGCCGUUGGAGGCCUACGUGCUGCCCUACCAUAACGACUCCUCAACGACGUGCCAGUCCUCCUACUCGCAGCCGCAGCCGCCCCAAGAAGCGCCGCCUUCGUCCGCGCCCGCGCCCCCAGGGCUGCCGCCUCAGUACAAUGCCACCACGGGCGGCGGCAACGCGUCGUCGCCCGAGGUGGCCUUCGUUGGCCUCGACGAAUUCCGCAGCCGCAUCAUGCAGGGCAAGGCGGAGAACGACACCGGCCGGCCCCGGCCCACGGACGGUGGUGCCGCGCACCGCCUGGAGCCCAACGGCGCCGAGUACAACUACGCCGCGGCGUCCAAGGGCGCCAAGGUGCUCGCGCACAACAAGGAGGCCAAGGGCGCCUCCAACAUCCUCGGCGGCGACAAGGACAAGUACCUGCGCAACCCGUGCUCUGCCGACGACAAGUUCGUCGUCGUCGAGCUCUCGGAGGAGACGCUCGUCGACACCGUCGCGCUGGCCAACCUGGAGCACUACUCCUCCAACUUCAGGGACUUCGAGGUGUACGGCAGCAUGAGCUACCCGACGGAGGCGUGGGAGCUGCUGGGACGGUUCACCGCCGAGAACGCCAAGCACGCGCAGCGCUUCGUGCUGCCGGACCCCAGGUGGACGCGCUACCUCCGCCUGCGCCUCGUCAGCCACUACGGCUCCGGAUUCUACUGCAUCCUCAGUUACCUCGAGAUCUACGGCGUCGACGCCGUCGAGCGGAUGCUGCAGGACUUCAUCGCUGGCGCCGCCGCCGGUGCCGAGGCCGACGCAUCCAGCAGGGACCGCGCCUCCAUCGACUUGGCCAGCCGGGACGCCGACGGCAACGACACCACCGCUCAGCAGGCGCGCCAGGUCCACGCCAAGCUGGAUGGCAACGGCGGCGCUGGGACUGGGAGGAACGACACCAGCAGCACCGCCGGCGACGCCAAGAACAACGGCUCCAGGAGCGGCGACGCGAAGCUGCCGCCGCAGGGAAAGGAGGCCAAGCCCCCGCAGGUGGCGGCGCCGGGGUCGUCGACGGGGCGGAUCCACAGCGACGGCGUGCUAAAGAUCCUGAUGCAAAAGAUGCGGUCGCUGGAGCUGAGCCUGUCGACGCUGGAGGAGUACACGAGGGAGCUGAACCAGCGGUACGGCGCCAAGCUGCCGGACCUGCAGAACGGGCUCUCGCAGACGGCCAUGGCGCUGGAGAAGAUGAAGGCCGACGCACGACCUCGUCGACUGGAAGGACAGCGUGGCCAAGGACGUGGACGAGCUCAAGGCCUGGAAAUCGACCGUCUCCAGCAAGCUGGACGACCUGAUCAAGGAGAACCAGGAGAUGAGGCAAGUGCCAUUUCCCCGCGGCGACCAGUGGAUCUGUUCAUCCGGUCGCCAGGCACUGAUUGGAUUUGCUGUUGGAUGUGCAGGUGGAGCGUCGAGGAGAUGCGGGGCGUGCAGGAAACGCUGCAGAACAAGGAGCUGGCGGUGCUGUCCAUCAGCCUCUUCUUCGCGUGCCUGGCGCUCUUCAAGCUGGCGUGCGACCGCAUGCUCUGCCUCUUGGCCGGCAAGGGCAGCAGGGAGGAACCCGACGCGGAGGAGCACGCAAGGAGCAGCAGGGCGUGGAUGCUCGUGCUCGCCAGCAGCAGCUUCACCACCCUCAUCGUCCUGCUCUACAAUUGA